AUGUUUUAUUCUUUACCAACAGAAACAAAACUUGAUAUAUUUAAAUUUCUCAGUUAUGAAGAAUUAUGCUCAAUCAAACAAACAAAUUUAUAUCUUUACGAUUUUAUUGAUAAAUAUGAAGGAGAACUUGCUCGGGAGAAAUUAGAUACCAUUUCUAUUUGGAAAACUGGAUUAGAAAAGCCUAUUCCUUUGUAUUUGCCUGUUCAAGAUUCCGACGAUAAAAUUCUUUGCUUAACUAAAGUUUGUUCCGGUAAACUUCGUUAUCUUCAACUUCAACUACCAACAAUUAUUAAAAGCAAAAAUGACAUCAAAAUUAUUUAUUAUUAUUUAAAUAAAUUAUUUAAUUGUUGUUUUGAACGAUGCAGUCUUAGAGAAUUUAUAUUCAAUCCUGAAGUGAUCGAAUUAUUAUUUGGAACUACUAAACAAUUCUAUAUUAAAAAAUAUUGGCUUAAUAUGGAUUACUAUCUAGGAAAUAAAUUAAAAUUUGUUUUGAAUCAUCUAAUUAUUUGUGAAUCUCUUAUAAUUGACUUUGCUCGUAAUAAAUACAAGGCAAAACAUGCAGAUCAUUUAUUUAAAAUUUUAAUGAGUGGACACAAGUUUAAUAAAGCUUGCUUAAGGCCGUAUAAUUCUGAGCAACUUUUUGAUCAUAUUAUAAACUAUAUCGAAACGUCAAAAGAUUGCUCAAAAAUGGUGGCUAAUAUUGAAUUUUAUAGUUUUGACAUUAAUUCUACUAAUUUUAUUAAAAGAGCUGAACAGAUUGGAGAGGAAAUUGAUAAUGGGCGUUAUUCAAUAACAAAACACCAAAUUUCCAACAUUUACAAUCCAAAAAUUAAAUUUUCUAUUUUUUAUAAUAAACAUAUAAGGGAGAUAGCAAUUACUCAAAAUUAUUGGUAG